AGUUGUAGCUUCUCUGUAGCUUGUUUGUUUUGACGGUUUCAGACUUGGCGUCGUGAUAAAGACUUGUAUAGAAAUGGUUUGUGAUAAAUGUGAGAAGAAACUUGGGCGAGUUAUCACUCCCGAUACCUGGAAAGAUGGUGCAAGAAAUACAACAGAAAGUGGUGGACGGAAGAUCAAUGAAAAUAAAAUGCUGACAUCAAAAAAAGCCAGAUUUGAUCCGUAUGGGAAGUCCAGUUUUGCUAUAUGCAGAAUUUGCAAAAGCUCCGUUCACCAGUCUGGCUCACACUACUGCCAGGGAUGUGCCUACAAGAAAGGGAUCUGUGCCAUGUGUGGGAAGAAAGUUUUAGACACCAAGAAUUACAAGCAGACCUCAGUGUGAUCGAUACUGUUGAUGGACAGUUUCUCGUCUGUUUAGAGGUGAGGGAGGGAUGCACAAUGUUUUAACUGUCUUUAACUCUAAAUAACAAUGUGUAUUUAAAUAAUGCAGUGGAGUUAAGGAUGCUGGUCUGUUUGCAGUUAUGAUUUGGUAUUUAACAUGAUACUGCAUAUACUUCAAUAAUGUAUCUCCUUAAGUAGAAAACUGAAGCAAUAGCGGCGUGUACUGUUUCAUGCAGAUUCAAGUCUUGUCCUCCUGAUCUUUUCUCAACAAACUGUACCAUGCCUUUAAAGUAAACCUGCUACAUUUUAUAUAUGUUAUUUGUUUAAUUGCAAAGCUCAGCAUGCAUUUGGUUAAUACAACACUGACUCAUUGUGCACCCUUUACUACAAGGUCAAUAAGAGGCCAGUGUGUUUAUUUUUGCUGAGGCCGAGUUCCAGCAACGUUCCAACUUUGACAUUUAAAUAUCAUCCUGAAUCAUUGACCCUGUGGACUCAGUAUGAUUAUUUGUGUAAAUGUGUAUAUUUUAUGUCCUCACCUGCCUUGUGGUAGAUUGUUUAUUGUACCGUAAUUGUAAUGCUUAACCCUUUUUUUUGUUUUUUAUCAUUGUUUCAUUUGUAAAACCUGGGAUGUUGUUUUUUUUUUUUGCCAAAAUAAAAGGUAAAACUAAUUGUUUUCACAUUGUCAAGUAAACUUUAAAAUACAAACUGUUUCAUAAUAAUAAUGAUUGUUUUGACACUACACUAAAUGACCAGAAGUACCCCCCAAAUUGACAAAAUGUAUUUUAUGUUUUCAACUUUGUGGCAAUAUUUUGAGGAAGGCCCUUCUCUGCUUCAGUUUGACUGUGCACAAAGCAGGGUUAAUCGACACAUGGUUUAAUGGGUUUGGUGGGGUGGCUCGGUGGAUAGCACUGUCGCCUCACAGCAAGAAGGUCCGAGAUUAGAUCUUGGUGAAUGCCCAGAGCCCAGCGAUGAAUUGGUGCCCUGUCUAGGGUAUUCCUGCCUUGCGCCCAGUGUUUGCCCAUGGAACCCGUCCUGCCAUGCCUCUGACUAAAGGUUCUAAAAGCAUGAAUUAGAUCCCUGGUUUUGAUCCUCAUUUCUUGUCACUUUCUUAAUUUUUGUCCCAGGUUUCCUCUUUAACCCUCUAGAAACAGUUAGUAGACUGCUAAAAAUUCUUGUGUAGCAGCUAGUGUUCCUAUGAACUUCUAAUUCUAAUCAGUUCCUGGGGUGGCUUGGUGGGUAGCACUGUCACCUCACAGCAAAAUGGUCCUGGUCCUCUCUGUGUGGAGUCUGCAUGUUCUCCCUGUGUCUGCGUGGGUUUGUUCCCAUAGUCCCAAGACAUGCAAGUGAGGUGAAAUGGAGAUAAUUGUCCAUGACUGUGUUUGACAAUAAAAAAACUUGAACUGA